GGUUCGAAUUCUAAAUUGGUUUUGGAAUCGUUCCUUCCGCGAAAGAGAAGAGAAAGUGAGAGAGAUUCGAGUUUCCGAUCGAAAGGAGAUCUUCCUUCACUCUGCAUUGAAUCUCAGCUUUGGAGUAAAGCCUUGAGAGAGAUCCGAGUCUCUCCGAACUUCCGUUUCCAUGGCGAUUCGGCGCUCGAAUCUAUGCAUCGUAUUGUUCGCGCUCUCUUACGCCAUCUGCGUCUUCGCCGGGAAAAGCUAUUACGAUGUGUUGCAAGUGCCGAAAGGUGCGUCUGACGAACAGAUUAAGAGAGCUUACAGGAAACUCGCCUUGAAGUAUCAUCCCGAUAAGAAUCAAGGAAACGAGGAAGCCACUCGCAAAUUCGCCGAGAUUAACAACGCUUAUGAAGUGCUCUCGGAUGAGGAGAAGAGGGAGGUGUAUAACAGAUAUGGUGAAGAAGGGCUGAAACAGCAUGCUGCUAAUGGUGGACGUGGAGGUGGAGGAGGCAUGAAUAUGCAGGACAUCUUUAGCCAGUUUUUUGGUGGUGGUGGUUCGAUGGAGGAAGAAGAGAAGGUUGUCAAGGGUGAUGACGUGAUUGUGGAACUUGAGGCCACUCUAGAAGAUUUAUAUAUGGGAGGGUCUAUGAAGGUAUGGAGGGAAAAGAAUGUAAUAAAACCAGCUCCUGGAAAGAGAAAUUGCAACUGCAGGGAUGAGGUUUAUCACAGGCAAAUUGGUCCUGGAAUGUUCCAACAGAUGACAGAGCAGGUCUGUGAUAAAUGCCCAAAUGUUAAGUUCGAACGCGAAGGAUACUUUGUCACAGUUGAUAUCGAGAAAGGAAUGAAAGACGGAGAAGAAGUGUCUUUCUACGAAGAUGGUGAACCCAUUCUCGACGGUGACCCUGGUGACCUUAAGUUCCGAAUCAAAACAGCACCACAUGCCCGGUUCAGGAGAGAUGGCAACGAUCUACACAUGAACGUCAACAUUACACUGGUUGAGGCGCUAGUUGGUUUUGAGAAAUCAUUCAAACACUUGGAUGAGCACGAAGUUGACAUCAGUUCCAAGGGAAUUACAAAGCCCAAGGAAGUGAAGAAGUUUAAAGGAGAAGGGAUGCCACUACACUAUAGCACAAAGAAAGGCAGCCUAUUUGUCACAUUUGAGGUCUUGUUUCCUUCUUCUCUCACCGAGGAUCAGAAGAAGAAGAUUAAAGAAGUCUUGGCUUAGUACACUUCUCUUUAGAAGUUUGGGGUUUAAAAGAGAACUUGUGGUGGUCCUUGAUGUAACAUGGCUAGGUUUUAAUAUAGUAAAAAAGAAAGGAAGACAAAGAAGAAGGUGAGAAAAGCCAAUAGGAGGUUUUGAUGAAAUUUGUCUUUUGCUUUUGUUGAUCAAAUGAGUGCAUAAUUAUGCAUUUUUACUCGUGUGAAUUCUAUUUCCAGUAGCCUUCUUUUGUGGGUUAGUUAUCACUGAGUCAAUCAAAAAUAUUAUUAUGAUUA